CUAAAAAUGGAGAUGACAACAUUUUUUCCUGCAUUGAUUCUGAUCUGCUUUCUCUCCACAGCUCAGCUCCAAGCUGUGGCCGACAAUGAAAUUAUUUCACAUUUAAGACAAACUGGAUCACAGGCAGCAGAUGCAGGGAAUCUCUCAGACAAUCAACUAACCUUUACACAGGACAUCCAUGCAGUGCUGAGAGAGAUGAGCGCCUCAUUGGCUGGACUGAAGGUGGAGAUGAGGUACCUACAGAGAGAUUAUGAAGCUAAAACGAGAGAACUGGAGCUGCAGAAAGAUGAAUUAGACAAGCUGAAACAACAGUACCAAGCUCAGGCAGGAGAGCUGAGCAGUGUUAAAGCCCUGGCAAACAUCACUGAAGAUCAAGUGGAGUCUCUGAGAAGAGAAGGAGAAGUUAAUACGAAGGAACUGGAGGUGCAGAAGAAAGAGUUCGACAAGCUGAAAGAACAACACCAAGCUCAUGCAGAGGAACUGCUGAGAGUUCAAACCAGGGCAAACGUCACUGAAAAGCAGGUGGAGGCUCUGAGGAGAGAAGGAGAAGUGAAAAAAGUGGCUUUCUCAGCUUCCUUGAUGGCUUCAGGCAACCAAGGAGAAACUGGACCAUUCAACACACGCACACCGUUGGUCUUCAGACAUGUUGUUUCAAACAUUGGAAAUGCCUACAACCCAAAUACAGGUUUUUUCACAGCUCCAGUCAAAGGAGCCUACCACUUUGAGUUCUAUAUCUAUGGACCUGGACAUGCUUCAUAUCCUGCAGCUGCUGGGUUGACCAGGAACGGAGAGCAUAUUUUUAUUGCAUAUGAACAUCAGCCUUCUCAUGCUGCUAAUUCCGCUAAUGGUGUCACAUUGCUGUUAGAGGUUGGAGAUGUUAUAUUUUUGCGCCAGUGGCAAAACUCAAGGAUUUAUGACAACAUAUAUUGUCACACGACCUUCAGUGGUCAUCUGCUUUUCACCAUGUGAGAAUCAAGCAGUGCUGAUCUUCAUCA